UUUCUCUAACCAAAGCAUGGCGGUAUUGCGUAAACUGGCCUAGUAACAUCUAAAAAGAAUCAAAUAUAAAUUUUAACAAAAUUCGAGUGUUUACAAACUAAAUUAACAAGUUACAUAUAAAAUAUUGACAAUUAUACAUUCAAAAAAAUAAAUUGUUGUGUUUUUUUUUUUUUUUUUUUUUUUUUUUAAAUUUCCAAAAAACGGAUUAUGAAUGCGGAUGAAUAUGAAUCUUUACCAACAAAUGAUAUCCUUACCCAUAUGACGGCUGGAGCAAUUGCCGGAGUACUCGAACAUUGUCUUAUGUAUCCAUUGGAUUCAGUUAAGACAAGGAUGCAGUCAUUACGAAAAUCAGACUUAAUAGCCAACCGAGGUGUAGGCCAGACCUUAGUACGCAUGGUACAAACGGAAGGUAUAUUUCGACCUGUUCGAGGAAUGUCAGCUGUUGUUGUUGGAUCAGGACCCGCACAUGCUCUUUAUUUUAGUUGUUACGAAUUUAUGAAAGAAUCGAUGAUGCAACGGUUUCAUAAUCCAAGAUACAAUACUCUUAUUUACGGUGCUGCUGGGUGUAUUUCAACAUUAGUACAUGAUGGUGCCAUGAAUCCUGCGGAAGUUGUGAAACAGCGUGUACAAAUGUAUAAUUCACCUUACAAGUCAGUAAUGGAUUGUAUAGUCAAAGUGUACAAAACAGAAGGUUUAAAGGCAUUCUAUCGAUCUUACACCACACAAUUAACAAUGAACAUCCCAUUUCAAAGUAUGCAUUUUAUGUCUUAUGAAUUCAUGCAAUCAAUAUUAAAUGAAGAUGGUAAAUAUAAUCCACGAGCUCAUAUGAUCAGUGGUGCAAUUGCUGGGGGUGUUGCAUCUGCAGCAACUACACCAUUGGAUGUCUGUAAAACGUUAUUAAACACCCAAGAGAUCAAAACAAAAGUAACAGGAUUAACGGAAGCCGUACACACAGUAUAUAGACUAGGUGGUCCAACAGGAUUUUUCCGUGGUAUGCAAGCACGAGUAUUAUACACAAUGCCAGCAACAGCCAUCUGUUGGUCAACAUAUGAAUUCUUUAAAUACUUUUUUAAAAAACAACAUGAAGAUCAACAAGAAGCACUAAGUUUUACUAUACCAGAAACAAUUGAACCAUCUUGGCCACCUGGUUCAUCCGAUGCAAAAAGUAAAAUAGAAUUUAACGAAAAAUUAGCAUUAAAACCACGUGAAUUGCCUGCGAUGUCUGGUGCAGGAUAUUAUGGAACAAUGUCAUUCAACACAAUUCAUACAAAAGAAACCAGCAACAAUUUAAAUGGUAUUCAUAAAGGAAAUUCAAUACUAGAUAUUAAGCAUACUUAGUAAAUUUUAUUGUUUUCUUGUUGUUUACCAUCCACAAAAAUAAUCCAUGUUGUUUCAAAAUUCAACUAAAAUUAUUUAUAAAAAUUCCAUGGAUAAUUAUUUUUUUUUGUAAAUAUAAUUCACAGGUAAAGAAGAUAAAGUUAUUUCACAUAUUCUCGAAUAACAGUUACUGGGUGUCUAAUAAAAACUUCAUCGUCUUACAUGAAUUGAUUUUUUUUUGAAAAAAAAUAACGACAGAAUGUUGUGUGAUUUUGGAAAAAAGAAACACAGGGUUUUAUAUUUUAGCAACAAAAAAAAAAAAAAAAAAAGAAACAGUAUUUUUUUUAUAAAAAAAAUCAACCAAAAAAAAUGUAAAAUGAUCGAUGGAACUGCUGAAGAUGGUAUUUUUGAGUCUUGUACAUAACGAUAAGGAGAAGGAUCAUUUUUUUUAAUUUGUGAAGAUUGUUUUUUAAAUUGUAGCAAAAUGACUAUAAAUAUUGCAACUCAGGUUUGCUUUAAAAUAAAAUAUAUGUAGAAGUUGUCGUCCCUUUAAUAAAGGCUAAAUAUAGGAUACCACUAAUUGAGCCUAGUUGUUUUUUUUUUUUUAGAAUAUAUAUAUAUAUCUAUUAGAUAGUCAGAUAUGAUGACUGUUUGUUGUCGUCGAAAUUAAUUACGUUUUAUGUACCUUACAAAAAUAAUCAAUAAUAUGAUAGAAUUUACUUCCACUGAUUAUUUUUUA